CUUUUUGGUUCCGUGUGCUGAAGCUAUGAGGCUAAGUAGCUAGCUGUCAGUCGAGUGAAUGCUAAAGUUAGUAAGUUGAAUAUCAAAAUCACAUAAAAACAGACGAGUCAAAGCUGACACUCUUGUAGGUAAUUAGUUAUGGCAUUGGUUGUGUUUGGCCGUGUUGUUGAUGUCGUUGUGACCUGAAUUUGACUUAUUUUAGCUUUAGCCUGAUAAUAGCUGUACUGUACUGGGUGUUAUACUGUACUAGUCCUGCAGGUCCAGGGACUCUACUUGGAUUCCUCAAAUAAAGUUGCUGAAGGAGCACUUUGCAAUUUGAAGGAUGUUCCUCGUGGGGCUGACUGGGGGCAUUGCCUCUGGGAAGAGCACUGUGUCUUCAAUGCUGCGUGAGCUCGGCUGUCCUAUUAUUGAUGCAGAUGUUGUAGCCAGAAAAGUUGUGGAACAAAAUACCCCUGCGUACCACCGUAUAGUCUACCAUUUUGGCUCAGAAGUGCUACUGGAAAAUGGAGAGAUUGACAGGCAGAAGCUGGGUCAACUCAUUUUCAGUAAUGCAGAGAAGAGGAAGCUGCUGAACUCCAUCACGCACCCAGAGAUCCAUAAAGCUAUGCUUAAACAGAUACUGUUCUACUUCCUCCGAGGCUACCGCUACGUGGUGCUGGAUGUGGCCCUUCUCUUUGAGACACGACGCCUCACGCAGUUCCUCAACCACACUGUAGUAGUUUACUGUGACCCUGCCACUCAGCUGCUGCGCCUGAUGCAGCGGGACGGUCUGACCCAGGAGCAGGCAGAGCAGCGCGUGGCCGCACAAAUGCCCCUCAACGAGAAGCGCGGCCUGGCCAACCACGUCAUCGAGAACUCGGGCAGCCGCGAGGACACCCAUCGACAGGUCCUCAAGCUCCACACCAAACUCGAGGACUCCAUGGACUUUCUCUUAGUGAGGGUCAUCGCCAUCGCUGCUUCUGCCAGUUUGGGUGGGAUACUGCUGUACGCGGCCAAGAUGUUAUUGUCCUAACAGUUAAAAGGGA